AUGAAAUAGAAGAAUAAGAAACCUAUCUCUGAACUCUUGAAGCAAAAAAGAAUAGCUGAGCAAUAAUCAUAGCAGCCUCAAUAACCCGCUUCACCUCCAUCUCGAUCAUCUUCUUCCUGUUCUUCUAAAUCAUCUGAUCCAUAUGAAAAUAGUAGCGAUGCUGAGGAUUACGAGGAUUACAAAAAAGAUGGUUAUCAUCCUGUAUGUAUUGGAGAUAAAUUUCACAAUGGGAGAUAUUAAACUAUUCAAAAACUUGGAUGGGGGCACUUUUCAACUGUUUGGUUGGCGCAUGAUAAAUAAUCUGAAACACAUGUUGCAUUGAAAAUUUAGAAAAGUAAACAGAGUUAUUAAGAAAGUGCUAUUGAUGAAUUAGAGCUUUUAAAGGAUUUGUAGAAGCAUAUAAAGGAUGAAAAAUGGAUUUAGUAUUAAGAAUAAUUAUCACAGAUUCCAAAAUUAGAUUAUUCAACUCUUAAGUGGUGUGAUCCAAACAUUAAAAAUACAGAAUAGGAUAUGGAUAUUAAAGUGAAAUUGAAUGAAACAUAUUGUGUAGAAAUGGUUGACAAUUUUAUUCAUUAUGGAAUGCAUGGAAAACAUUAUUGUACGGUUUUUGAAGUCCUAGGACCAUCUUUAUUAGAUUUAAUUAUUCACUUUGAUGAUUAUGAUAAAAGAAUGGGUAUGUGGUUGGUAAAAUAAAUCACAAGGGAACUCUUAAUUGGAUUAGUAUAUAUGCAUGAAGUUUGUAACAUAAUUCACACUGAUUUGAAGCCAGAAAAUAUUAUGCUUUAAUUGAAACCAUAGAAUUUUGGGGAAUUUGUAGAAUAAAUGAAAAUGGUCAAAAAAAAACCAAUAAGCAUGAAAUUUUUGGAAAAAUUAAAGAAAUCGAUGAAAUCAACCAAUAAAAAAUAGGAAAAGAGAAAAAAGUAGAAAUAAAAGAAGCUAUAAUAGUAAUAAGAAAAAGAUUAGUAGGUAUAAUAAUCAACUGAAUAAUAAUAAGAUGUGUAAUAAUACCAGGAUUAAUAGUAAUAAUAAUAAUAAUAAUAAUAAUAAUAAUAAUAAUAAUAAUAAUAACAAUAAUAAAAUACAUAAAUACAACGAAAUACAAAUAAUAAUACUGUCUAAGAAUAGAUAUAACAAGAUUCAUCAAUAUAAUAAAAGAGUACUUAAAUUAAUGAAGACUAAAAUUCUACAAAUAUUUAAUCUGUUUAAAAUACUGUUUAACUUGAACCAAUAACAGAUGAGGAAUCUGAAUAAAUAUCAAAUAUUGAAACUAUAUAGAAUUAAGGCGAAUAAUAAAGUAAUAAAGAACAAGAGAAUUAAGAAUUAUUAUAAAAAGAAGAGGUUCAUCAUGCCCAUAAGCAUAGAAAUUUACAAAAGGAAAAAGAAAAAGCUUAAAAGGAUAAAAAGAAAAGUCACAGUGAAGAAGAAGAAAUUUCAUCUGAAGAGGAUGAUUAAGAUUGGAAAUCAGAAGAUCAAAGCGAAGAGUCAGAAUCGGAAGAAGUAGAUGAAGAAACUUUAUACACUUUAAAAUGGAAAGAACAUAUCAAAAUAAAGUUAGAUAGAGAUUUAUCUAUUAAAAUUGUUGAUUUUGGAAAUGCCUGCUGGACUAAUAAGCAUUUUACGGAUAAUAUACAGACUAGAGAAUAUAGAGCACCUGAAGCUAUCUUGGGAAUUGAAUAUGAUACUAGUACUGAUAUUUGGAGUACUGCUUGCAUUGUGUUUGAAUUACUUACUAAUGACUAUUUAUUCAAGCCGAAAAAGGGAAAAGGAUUUAAGAAAUCAGAUGAUCAUUUAGCUUAAAUGAUGGAAGUUUUAGGAAAAAUGAACAAAAAAUGGGCAUUGAGUGGUUCUAAUAGCAGGGAUUUCUUUAACAAAACAGGCUAGUUAAUAAACAUUAAAGAUUUGCACCCAACAUCUAUUAGUAAAAUAUUAAUGAGUGAAUAUGGUUUUUCAUAUUCAGAUGCGAAUCAAAUUGAUGAUUUUCUUGUUCCAAUGUUAGCAUUUGAACCAAAGAAGAGAGUGACAGCCAGAUAGGCACUUUAACAUCCUUGGCUCUGGUCCAAAUGA